GGGAGACCCCCCACACCAUGGGCCGCAAGCGCGGCCGCAACGACGACCCCGCACCAUCCUCCACAGCGCCACCUGUGGCCCUGGCGGCCGGCCGCGGCGCCCCCGUCGAAGCGCCCGACGUGGUGCUGCCGGAGGUCUGGUGCUACGGAGUCGAUGCGCUGAGCAGCGGAUGCUGCGGGAGAUUGGCGGCGUGCUCCAAGGGCUUCUACCUGGCCGUGCGCAAGGCCGUGGCGGAACGCAUCACCCUGGGCCUGGCGGAGGGCUGCGUGCAGGCGGAUCUGGCUUCGACGCGGCUGCAGAAUCCGAUUUUGGCCCUGAGCCAUUUGGAAUCGCUGGCGCAUUCGCAGUUUCUCUUUGGCGGCAUCCGGGCGCUCUUGCGCUACAUGGUGGAAGCUCAUCAUCCACAAGCUUCCAUCUGCCUCUUGGAAUCGCCCCCGUGCCCCGACGCCCUCUGCGACCUGCUACUCUCACAGCUGCGCGGCGACGACGACGGAUCCGACGGGUCCGCGGCGUCGGCGUGGGCGAGGCUGGCGGCGUUGGUGUAUCACUACCAGCCGCCCAGGACUUGGCAGCCUCCCGUGGAGUCCUUGUUGCGCCGCGGCGCCAAACGGCGCAGCACCAAGGCGGCGACGCUGGCGCCGCUGGCGGCCAAGGGUGGGGAGCUGGGGCAGCUGCUGCAUGGCAUGCCGGCGGUGCAACCCUACACUAAGACCUGUAAGAACUUGGCCAUCGGAAAGCUGAAUCUCACAAAGUUGAUCUGUCAGCUGCUAGAACGUUUGGUCUUCCCCCCGCAGCAAACCUCGCUGCUGCUGCACCUGGCCCUGCCGGCCGCGGCCGCGCUGGACGCGGACGCAGCGCAGCCGCCGUGCUUCGUGCAGAAUCUGCGGGUGCUGGAGGCGGAGGUGUGGAAGGAGGGCGAUGGCAUGGUGGACAUCCUUGUGCUCGAUGCAAAGAAAUCGUACUACGUGAUGUUUGUCGAAGGUUUGGACACCAGCUGAACAUUCAGAAAA